CCCCUGAACGCAUCACCACAGACAGCAGAGAUCCAGAAACUGAAAGAAGUUAAAGUUUUAGACACUGUGCGGAAAGAUCAACGAAGACAAACAGAGUAAACCUCGAUUCGGGGCGUUUCUCUUACUUUUUUCUUUUCAUACGCUAGUUCCAAACCGCAGGACGAGCAGCUAUGCUACGUUUCCUGUUUUUAUAAAGUUGACUGUAGACGACCUUUAAAUGCUCGAAACGCAGUGACAGUUCGGACUCCAACACAGCAGAUACGCUACAGACAUGGAAGAAGGGAAGAGCCGCCUGCAGCAGGCACAGGAGGAGGUGGAGGAGGUGAAGGGGAUAAUGUUGGACAACGUGAACAAAGCUGAUGAGAGAUCCGGCAAACUGAAAGACCUGGAGGAGCAGGCUGAGGAUCUGCUGGAGAAGGGAAAAGUCUUUGAAAAAACAGCUGACAAGUUGAAGCAGCAGAAAGAAGGGACCAACAAGAAGAUGAAAUUUGUGUUCAUCGGCAUCGGAGUGGUGGCAGGACUCAUCGUCUUGGGACUUAUAAUCUUUGCCAUUGUAGGUUAGCAAAGAAAGGAAAAGCUCAGAGGCAGCUGAACAGGGAAAAGAUAUGAGCUAAAGGACAGUUAUUGUGUAAAUCCAGGAAAUGACAAGCUGGUCAUGUGAGUUUCUGCUGCACGAUAUGUGAAAUUAUUAUGCUAAGAGAUAUUUAUGGAAACAUCGUUCCCACCCUUCUCUUCUUCAAGUUUUCUGUUGAUAUGGUACAACUUAUUGCUUUCUUGGAUUUCCAUCCCAAUUAAACCUAUCCACUUCCCAAAAAUAAAGGAAAAAGCAUGUGUUUCACUGGUCCUACCUGUAAGAGCUCACUUUCAUGAGGAUCUGUUAAGGUAUCACCACCCACUUCUUAAAAUAAGGCUGUGCACACAUGUAUAUGGAGACAUCAUUACUCUGAUCUUCUGGUUAGAAUCAUUUUAAGAAUUCGGCACAUGACAGAAGACAGAACAUUGUCCCAUACCUUGUGAAUGCUUCAGAACUUUAAAAUUGGGGCAAAUGAACAAGAGGACUUGUGACAUGAAAUGUCAGCUGAAAAAAUGGCUGCAUAUGAAAUGGUCAUUUUUGUUUGAUCUUGGGGUUUAUUUUCUUGUCAACUUCUUCAGUCUUAUUGUCUUACUUUUAAUAUUGAUAUUAAUAUUAUUGAGUUAUUAUUUAUGCAUUUGCAUGUAAGUAAGAAACAUUUAAUCCAAAAAUACAUUCAUUUAAAAAUGUGGAUAAACAGCAGCUCCCGGUGACUGAUAUGUUUACUACAAGAGACCAAUUAUCUCACGUCAUUUUCUUCAACAUACAGCUGUCUCCUCUUCAAUCAUAGCCUCACUGAAAGCCCCAGGAUUUGUUUUACCCGAGUAAUAGAAAUCCCAGGGAAUCUUGUACGUUCUUUUUCCAUUGCCACGGGCCAUUUUUUUAAAUCAGCCUAAUGAUGUAUGGGAAAGAAAACUGCAAAACACCUCCAUUCCAGCAAAUUCCUUACUCCUUUACUCCGCUUAAAAGUUAAUUAAUCAUAUUUUUUAUUUCAACUGAUAAAUAAUAGAUAAUGAGCAGUUUUGGAGUUAUACAGUUAAUUUAUUCCUUCGAUUAUUUCUUAAAAUGUUACAAAUUUUCGGCGAAAAAUAUUCCGUUUUAUUUUCUGGUGCUUGCAGUUAUUCACCACAUGCCUGCUAAACGCUUUAUAUUCACUUUCAGCCACCACAAAUUGAUAACAGGUAGCGGGAAAUCCCAGAGCCCGGGCCAAGGAUAGGCAGCGGUUAGUGGGGAAGUCCCAGUCCAGCUGCCCGGUUAGCAUAGCACCCAGACCAGUUUGUGAAGAGAGCUCCGCUGCUCCAAAAACUCUGAAAAAACAUUUCAAUGUGGGCUCAUUCUUGAUGAACUAAAAACAGUUGAAGUUUUGAGGUGUACUUUAUCGCUUAAAAACAUCUUAAAACUACUUUUUGUGACAAAUUAAUGAUAUAAAUACGAUUCAUUACCAACGCCAUUACUGAAGCUGCUGGUGCCUAGCCUAGCUGCACACAACCCCGACCCUUGAACAAAACCCGGGGAAAGCUGAAAAGACCAGAACCAUUUACCUGGGGUUUACAAAGCCUGGGACUUUCUACAGGCAGUAGAAAAGGGGAUCAUAACUCUUUCUGUUUGGUGCCAUGCAGAUACUAUAUUGGUCUCUAUGCAAUGUCAGCCUAAUGAGGACAUGUAAAAUAUGUAAAAUAAAAAACCCAGAAAAGGCAAAUUCCAGUUAGAAAUUUCAGACGUGUGGGAAAUUAAAGUGACUGUCUUGGGGAUUAAAUAUGUUUAUACUGUUGUAUGUGUGAAGAUACGGUGUGUUUUUGCCUAUACUGUUUAUAACCGGCAUUGUCGUGGAGCUAACGGCAAACCAUGAUUUGUUUUCUGUUGAAAGAAUGUCACAGUUGACAAAGAUAGCCAUGUCCUCUAACCUUCAUUUAUUUAAGUUCUGUCUGUCUCUUACAUCCUUCCUGGCAAUAACUCAUGUUUGCCGUUAUGCAAGUUUAGGACUUGCAUUAAAAUUGCCCUCGCUAGCUAAACAUUGUAUAUUUAGAAGGCUAACAAUAAAAACCUUUCUAAUUUACUUUAAUUAGAAUUUCUUUUAAUAACUUUUUCAAUUCACUUUGAGGUAUAGAUAUGAUUUUCUGGGACAAAUCCUGACUGAUGGUGACCAGUUCUUGUCUAAUCAGUGCAUGGAGUUGAUUCCAGUGUGUUGACUUUGAUGUAUCUGUAUGCAUGAAGCCUGAGAUUUCAAUGGUCAGAUCUUAGUCACUCAAAAUUGCCUUUUUGACUGUGACUCUUCUGAUUUUCUGUCCCAUGUGUCUACUGGCCUGUGAUAGAAUACUGACCUGUCCAAGAAUUACCCUGCUUCUUGUCCAUUGACUGCUGGAAAUAGGUGCCCCACAACCCUACAUGGAUAAAGUGGGUGUUGAGAGUGGCUCUUCAAUUCACUCCAUUAUCACUGUUACCUCUCUAUGUUCCAUUUAAGUAGAAAAUACCCAGAUCAUCACCUAAUUCUGCUUGGAUAGUUGGAAGAAGUUCUUGAUUUGAUCCUACUCUGAUUGCAUGGUGGAUUUCUAUGACAUAAUUGUAGGUAAGCCGACUACUUCGGAUCACAAGCAACCGCACAUAUCGAUUGUGUCAGGAGGCUUUACAGUUGGUACCACACUUUGCUCAUGGUAUUGUUUACGUUUUUCUUCUCCAUACAUUGUUUUCCAGAUGUCCGAAAUCAUCAGAAGGCAGAUUCUUAAUAAAGACUUUUCACCAGUCUUCUGCUGUCCGAUCUUUAUACUUCCUGGAAAAUUUCUGUUCUUGAAGUUUUCUUAGAAAGGAUCUCAGGAAAUCCUUAAACCUUAACCCUUCUCUGCAACCAAAACUCUUACCAAUGUGUUCUUGAUUGCCUGGAACCUGUUCUUUUGAAUAAAAUGUUCUUAGCAACAAUUUAA